UUUUUGUUGCUUCUCUCCUUCUGUUCGCCUUCGUCAUCGCAUAAAACGCACAUAGCAGCCGGCUGCUGUACACUUUUGCUGUCACAAAGUCUACAACACCAAGGCGGAUGAGAGUGAUUACAGUACGUAAUCUUCAAAACAUUGUGAAAUCUAGUUACUGUGCAUAUCGGUACAACUUUGCAGAGAUGGCUACCGAAUCAACAUCGGAUUACAAGAGUGCCCAAUCGGUGUACGAUUUUACCGUUAAGGACGGCCAAGGGGAAAAUGUCAGCUUAGAUAAGUAUCGCGGAAAGGUGUUGCUGGUCGUAAAUAUCGCUUCAAAAUGCGGGUUGACCAAGGGAAACUAUGCAGAACUGACGGAGCUGUCCCAGAAGUACGCUGACAAAGAUUUCAAAAUACUGUCAUUCCCAUGUAACCAGUUCGGAUCACAAAUGCCAGAACAAGAUGGCGAACAAAUGGUAUGUCAUCUGCGUGAUGCCAAAGCGGAUGUAGGAGAUGUUUUUGCUCGGGUCAAUGUCAAUGGGGACGAUGCAGAUCCACUGUACAAGUAUCUGAAGCAUAAGCAAGGAGGCAGUUUGGGCAGUUUCAUCAAGUGGAACUUCACCAAGUUCCUAGUCGACAAGAAUGGAGUACCGGUUGCGCGUUUCUCGCCUACUACAACCCCGCUGGAUAUUGUUAAAGAUAUCGAUAAGCUGCUGUAGAUUUUUGGUUAAUGAGCUGAUUAUUUUUAUUAAAUGUAUUUGGCAAUACAAUAAUUUAUAAAAUAGCUUUAUGCUGUCAAGUAAUAGAUACUUUUAGACAAGCAGUUCAUCAUUUAAAAAUAAAAAUCGCUUUCAUAUAUUACACACUA